UUGGACACGUCAGAAGCACCGAUUUUCGAGGCGGUUUCAACUCCAAAACGCGUGUCAAAUUUCAAUCAUGUUCGGCAAUUCAUGGAUUAUCUGCAUGAAUUCGAGGCGGAAAAAGUCGAAGAAAAACGACGAGGUUUUGGUAGCAGUGGAUUCGAUUUCGAUUUAGGCGAAUCGAAAAAUCGAUUAUAUAAUCCGUAUUAUACGAAGAAUAAGAAAACAUAUGAAUUUGUGAAGAAUGCGGUGGUAAGUUGGCCUAGAAAACCAAAAACUAGUCCGCGGAUUACGAAUUCUUCUUACGAAUUCUUCUUCCAGCGCCUUCAAUAUCAACAAAUGGUUUUGGUGAAAAAGUUUGAUCGGGAUCUAUCGCGAGUUUUGGGCGUUUGCUCUUCGACAUUUGGCGAUGCUGAUCUUUAUGUUUUGGGAAAUGAAGCUGGAGAAUUUGAGCUGGAAAUUGGAGAUUGGUUUAGAGGCAUUUUGGAGUGAGUUGUGGGGCUGAAAAUUUGAUGGAAAAUGACCAAUAUUAGGCCGCGGCCUAGAAAUCUACUUUUUUGGAACUCUAGGCCGCGGAUAAAUUAGAAAAUCACAGGGUGGUUAUAUAGGCGCAUCUAUUUGACACACAAGCUCUCAACACGGCGAGAAUUUUUAAACCUCCCCCCUCCCUUGGAAAAUGCGGCAGAGAAACCGGUGCAGAAAAACGAGAGAGUGAGAAAAUUGGAGAGAGCGGGAAAAGAAAAAGAGUACAGGCGAAAAAAAAUGGCUGGAGAAAAUUGAAAAUCCCAAAAAUUUCCUCUCGCAUACAUUAUCAUUAGAGCGCACAUUCUCCACUCCUCUCUAUUUUCUGCGGGAGGGGGAAGAAGAACAAAAAGUUUUAUUUUUCUCGCCGUGUCAAGGCGUGGCUUCUCUUCGAUAUGGUGCUCUAGACACGGCUACUUGACACCUAGGUUCUCUAGGCUCCGCUCCUUAACAACUAGGUUUUCAAGGCGCGGCUCCUAUCCAGGGUGGAUCUAUUGGCGCGGCUACUUGACGCACAAGCACCACGACUCAAAAAAUCUUUUCUAAGUCAUAAUCCGAGAGAAGUACACGGGUUUUUGAAUGAAAAAUCUCAAAUUACCAGUUUCUGUUGAAAACCCUUGAAAAAAUAUUUUACAAAUCAGAAUUUUGAUAUAUUUUCAGUCGAAAACAUAAUUUUUCAUUAAAAAUCUAUAAAAAUUCCAAAUUUUCAGCCGAAAAAAGACGGCCGAACGUCUGAUCGUCGACAAAAUCGAAGAAAAAAUGGAACCGGCUGCCAAACAUCGACUGACCGCAAAAGGUGAAUUUGUUUUGCAAUUGGAAAUCGACCUGAGAUAUCGAAGAAGGCCCAGUGAUUUUGAGGAAGAUGGAGUGACUAGAAAACAAUUUGCUAUUAUUGAGGAUAAUAUUGUUGGCAAAUUUUUCAUUGACAAAUUGGAUUGGUUUUUGUUUGGGAAGAGGUAGGAGGUUUGGGAAAGGGUUUGGGGAAGUUUCGGUGGAAAAUUUGAAAUUUUGAGCUUUUUUGAGGUCUGAAAGCCUGAAAAUAACGAUGUUAGUGAAAUUCUGACCAAAAUUUAAAAUAAAAUUUCAGCUGAAAAUCUGAAAAUUCCAAUUUUUGCAGAGUUCACGGCGAGGUGAUUUUCGUCGAAAAUUCGCCGCCAUCUUCCUGGAAAUUUCACAAAAUGAUUGAAGAUAUUCCGGAUGGAGUUGAAUUUGUAAGUUGCUCUGGAAUUUUCAGCCAAUAAAAUCUCGUUUUCAGAAAAAAUGGCUAGCUCAGAAAAGUAGAGAUGGUGACAUUCGAGACCAGUGAGUUUUUUUUAGUAGAUUUUUAUGGAAAUCUGGAAUUUUGCAGACAAUUUGUGCCAGCGAAUAUCGAUGGAAAUGAUAGUGAUUUUGAGGAUGAUGAUGAUUAUGAUAGACCUUUUGUCUCGAGAAAAGGUUGGACUGAAAAUCUUUUAGCUGGAAGUUUUCAACCAUCUGAUCACGAUAACUUUGUCAAAAAUUGCAACUCAACUUCUAAUAUGAGUUAUGACGUGGCAAAGUUGGAAAAUUUCGUGACUUUAUGUAGGAGGUUAUAACUAGCUGCGAAAAUGGUUUAUAUCUUCCUAAAGUCACGAAAUUUCCCAACUUGCCACGUCAUAGCUCAUAUUAGAGUUCUCCUGUGAGAACACACACAAAACAUAGCGCAUGACAAAUCUGGUGAAUUGCCGGCCAGUUUUUUUAUUUAUAUAAUUUCCCUACACUCUAGUUUACUUGUACCUACAAGCGUAGGCGUUGCAAUAAGUUGUACCAUAAGGUGGAUUAGUAGAAAGUGUACCCGCUUGAUUUUAGCAGGAGCUUUUUGCUAUUUUCCUGAAAUUUUUGAAAAGGCGGAAAGCCUUGUAUUUUGAAUAAGCUCAUAACUAAUUAGAACGUGGCACUUCUCAAAAACGUGAUAAUUUUUUCAAAAAAAAAAAAAAAUAUUUUCCCAACAUUUCUAUAAUUAUUUACCCUGAAAAAUGCCGCGAAAAAAUCGAAAAAGAAAAAUGCUUCCGAAUAAUUCUGCUUUUGGAGAAUGUUGGAGACAAAUUUCAGCCGAAAAUCGACAAAAUUCUUCGCCGAAUUUCAAUCUGAAUACAAAUCAAAAUUAUGAAAGAACGAGUUCGCGAAACUCGAGAGAAGAUGCAGGAAUUUCGAUGAGAAGUGGAGGAGAACAUUUUGAAAAGGUACAAUUUCACUCUUCUCAUCAGCUGUUUUCAUAAAACCGGGAUAUGAGAUUUUUGCAGCCGCCCAGUCGCUCAAACCACAGAUUUUCACCUCAAAAUCCACCAACAUCUGGAGAAUAUGUAUAUAACCCACAAAAAGUCAGUUUUCCCUAUUCUUUUCGAUAAUUUUGACUGAAACUUUCAUGAAAAUUGUGCUCAAAAUCGAUUUUUUGAACUAAAAUUCCCAAAAAUCCGCUCUCCCUCAAAAAUUAUCGAUUUUUGCAGCAACCCGGUAGAUCAAAUCACAAUAUUUCACCACAAAAUCCACCGACAUCUGGAGAAUAUGUACAUAAUUCGCAAAAAGUCAGUUUACCCCCAUUUUUUCGAUAAUUUUGACUGAAACUUUCAUGAAAAUUAUGCUCAAAGUCUAUUUUUGAACUGAAAUUCCCAAAAUUCCGCUCUCCCUCAAAAAUUAUCGAUUUUUGCAGCCGACCAGUCGCUCAAACCAUAAUAUUUCACCACAAAAUCCACCAACAUCUGGAGAAUAUGUAUAUAAUUCGCAAAAAGUCAGUUUUCCCUCAUUUUCCCGAAAAUUUUCUGCAAAAAAUAUUUUUCUUCGAAAAAAAAUGAAAACGAGCAAACGUGCUCCACUGAUAAUCAGUGCGUGUUUUUUUUUCAUUUCUCAUUUUUUCAUGCAAAAAAAAAUAUUGCACAUUAGUUUCUCCAGCUAAAAUUAUCGAUUUUUGCAGGCGAGAAGUCAAGCUGGAAGUAGAUUGGAUUCGGAGGUAGGCUAGAAGAGAUGUUGGCUGUAAAAUUCCAGACUUUUUUCAGAUGACGCAAGAUGAUUUGAUUGAACUUGGUAUUGUAACACAACAAAUUGAUGAUAGGGAAUUUAUUGUUUUUUCGGAUACGAGAAAAUGCGCGGUGUUUUAUGAAUUGUGAGUUUUUGAGGAGUUUGGGCUGGAAAUCUGAAAAUUUGGGUCUGAAGAAUCUUGAGGGCUGCAAAAUCGCAUUUUUUGAGGUUGGGAGGCUGGAAAUCGUGAUUUUCACGCUCAAAACAUGGUUAUGAAGAGCCUUGAGAGUUGAAAAUUGAAUUUUGUGAGCCGUAAAAUUGGAUUUUUCGGGAUUAAAAGGCUCCUGGUCCUGAAAAUCGCGAUUUUCAACUUAAAAAUCUGGGCCUGGGAAGCCUUGAGAGCUGAAAAUUGUAAUUUUCGAGUUCUGGAACUCAAAAUAAUUGAUUUUUGGCUGAAAAUAAUUCAAAUUCAGAUUUAUGAGCAUCAUAGGUUAUUUGUGGGUGGCCACGUUUAACCGAAAUAACUGUCUAGCCGCCUUUAAAAUCAAUAUUUUCUGCAAUCGUUUUCCCACCAAAAAAUUGCCUUUUUAAGACAUUCAAACAGACAUUUUGUUCUAAAAACAUAUCAAUGUUUGCCUUGAAAUUUCUCUUGAUUUUUCUUCAAAUUGCAAUUUGCAAAACUAAUAUAUUGCAUAAGACAUGGGUUCUCAAAUCAACGAUUACAAUACAUGGUAAAUUUAUGUGCAAUGAUAAACCAGCGGCGAAUACGGAACUUCUUCUUUUUGAUAAUGAUUCUCGAGGUGAUCCAGAUUUCCUCGCCUCAACAUUCACCGAUGAAAAUGGAACAUAUUCGAUAACUGGAGGUGAAAGAGAAUUGGGAGGAAUUGAUCCGUUUUUGUGCAUUCAACAUAAUUGUUUUUAUCCUCGAGACAGAGUUGAUUGUUGGGUUUUUGACAAAGCUAAUUUGGAGAAAACUGUUGAAUUUAAUAUGGCAGUUGGUUGGGCAUUUGAUUGUCACGAUUGGUUUUAUCUCCGCCAAUUUGCUAAAAAGUUUUUUGGUAAAUCAUCUGAGUAUGAAUAAAUCAAUUUUCGCAUAAAUAAUUAAGCUGCUAAUCGUGUUUUUCAUGUUGAAAAUCUGAAAAUUAUGGCCCAGAAGGCUUUGGAAGCUGAAAACUUUCAUUUUCUGAGUUCUGGAGGCUCGGAGCUGGAAGAGAGAAAAAUUUAGCGAUUAAAGUCUUUUGGAAUUUCAAAACCCUAUUUUUCAGAAUUCCGAACUCGACAAAUGCGCGACUCGGUGAAUUGUUCAAAUUUCGAUCAGUUCGAGUCAUGAAUCCCACCGGACACUAUAAUUUCAAAGUUAGUGAAGUGAUACGCGUCGAAAACCUCGCCGAUAUUGGAAAUCCUGUAAAUAUUGUUGAAAAUUGCGCACAAAUGGGCGUUUCGGUUGAUUUAUCGAAAGUUGAUGAAGAUGAGGCGAGAUAUGGUGUUUUUAUAUCGCAAUCCAAUGAUUUGGGAAGAGUGAUUUAUGGUGAAAAUGUGAGGAAUUUUGAGAGGGAAAAUGCAAGGGGUUGAGAACUUCUAUGCAAAGAAGCCAAGCCUUGAAACCCUAGGUGUCAAGGAGCCACGCCUAGGGAGCCUAUAUCUCAAGAAGGCGCUCUUAUAGAAUCUAGUUCUCAAGAAGCAGUGCAUUCAAAGCCGCUCUUUAAUUGUUUUCAACCUAAAAAUUCAAAAUUUAUUUCAGAUCUCAACUCCAACAUCCGAUUGUCUAGAUGCCAAACAAUUUCACGAUUUAUACAAAAAUCGUGAAAGUUCUCGAAAAAUGCUUUGCUUUUGCCAGUUCGAAUUCCGUCGAGCUAUAAAUGCGAGCCAUUAUGAAUAUCAAUGGGUUCUAAAAUCGUGUGAAGGAACUGUCGAAUCAUAUUUGGAAAGACAACGACGACUAGAAAUGCGAAAUUUGGGGGGAGGAGGACAACAGACUCGAGAAUAUUUGGAUGAUGAUGAUAUUGCUCAGGCUAAACGAAGAAAUGCGGAGAAUUUGAGAUCGGUUCAGAAUUCGAGAAAUACGACGGCUGUUGAUGAAAUGGUGAGCUUUUGGGGAGGAUAUUUGGGUUUUUAAGCCUAAAUUUAAAGUAGGCUAAAAUCGGUCCAAAAUUUGAAUUUCUGGGUUCCCCAAAGCCCGAAAUUAAAUUUUUAGGCACUGGGACUUGAAAAAAUGGUCUAGAAUGACAGAGACAGAGUAGUCAGACAGCUAGAAACUAGACAACUAGAGAGUUAGAGACACAGAGAAAUCAGACAGCUAGAUAGUUUUGACUUAAAUUAAUUAUUUUGGUUACAUCAGAGCCUUUUUAACAAAAAAAUAUUUUUCUGAAAAUUCUCGAUUUACCACUGAAUUUCCAGGUGGAUUUUCAGAUUUUCUGGAAAAAUAUCAUUUUUUUUGCAGUAUUUCAAAGAGCCCAUGCCAUCUUCAUCGUAUUCUGCUCAACCUCCACCACAACCUCCACAAUUUCGACAAAAUGUGAGUUUUUUUGGCUGAAAAUUCUGAAAUUUUCUAUAUUUUUCAGGAGAAUUAUCGAUUUGAUGAAAUGCCCUCUAGAAAUGAAAGUAGAUCAGGAGAAGGAAGAGGAGGAUAUUCGAGAAAUUCGAGAGAUGACGAAUAUUCUAGGGUAAGUGUUUCUGAGACCAAACAAGCCUAGGAUUACUGUAGAAUUUUGGCGUCGAAAAAUCCACCAAAAAUCUUUCAAUUUUUUCAGCGCCCACUCCAAGAACCACAUCAAAAUUACCCCGAAGAAACGCGAAUUCUGACCCAAAAUUCAUCAAAUGGCAGAGGACCCGGAAGCACAACAAGCGCAUCCGGAACAAAUUCCGCGGAUACGGAAACGUUGCGGAAAUUGCAACGCGAAUUGCGACACUUGUACAAAAUCAACGAUUUCUUCAUGAAAUCCGCAUCGAUUCGAAAAGCGGUGAAACAAGAGGAUGGAGAUAUAUUUGAUGAGUGGGAAGAUCAUAUGAAACGUGUCAGAGAUUUGGUGGGUUUUUGGGUGAAAAUUUGGAAAAUUUGCGAUUUUUUGACACCAAAUAAGCCUAUUUUCUGAAGUUUACAUGAUUUUUCAGUGACCGUGGCUGUGUGGCCUAGAAAACCCAAUUCCAAUUAGUUUUCCUAGGCCAUCACGCUCAUUUCUCCAUUUUCCACCUGUUUUUUGCUUUUUGACCGGGGAAAAUUGAUUUUUUUUUUCAGCUCUCCACAACUGCACAAAAUAAAUCGUGA